UUCAUGAGGACGCCAUCAGUAAACUUCCAGAUGCCCCUGCUGGACUGCCAGUUCCUCAAGAGUUACCGGGAACAGCGCCUGGCCCACUUGGUCCUGAGCUUCAUGACCAUGGGCUACGUCUGGCAGAGAGGAGAGACACAGCCCGAAGAGGUUCUGCCAAGAAAUCUUGCCCUUCCCCUUGUUGAAGUCUCCAGAAACUUGGGGCUCCCUCCUAUCCUGGUCCACUCAGACCUGGUGCUGACAAACUGGACCCCUAGGAAUCCAGAAAGACCCUUGGAAAUUGGGAACUUGGACCUCAUUGUCUCAUUUCCUGGGGGAGAGAGCCUGCGUGGCUUUAUACUGGUGGCUGUUUUGGUGGAGAAGGCAGCAGUGCCUGGGAUUAAGGCACUUGUUGAGGCCGUGAAUGCCAUCUCACAGCGCAGCCAGAACGCCCUGCUCCAGGCCAUGCAGCGACUGAGACUCUCCAUUCAGGAGAUCACCAGAACCUUAGGACAAAUGCACGAUUAUGUUGAUCCAAACAUAUUUUAUGCAGUCAUCCGGAUCUUUCUCUCUGGGAGAUGCCUAAGUGCUAUGUACAGAAAGAAUCUGAAGCUGUGCCCUGAAGUAGUAAGAGACAAGUCCAAUACCAAAAUCAACAGAUCUAUUGAUUUAUCAGUAGAUGUAGUGGAUAUUACAUUGGUGCAAGAAGGGAGUGACAACAUGAACUCAGUAUUUUCUCUAGAUUGA